AAUGAUGGAAACUAUGAAUGACUCAGAGAAAGGCUCUGGUCAAAGAUCAGAGAACACUCUGAAUGUGACGUCAGAGCAGCGCGUGCGCCGCCCGCUCCCUGCUCAGCUGUGUGUGUGUGCGUGUGUGUGUGUGUGUGUGAAAAAGUGUCUAUGUAUGAGGUGACAGUCGCUGCUAGCUUUCACACAACAAGGAAGUAGAAGAUAUAUCGCUCAACUGAAGGCACAACCAUCACAAAAUCUUCGACUGUCCCGUCCGAGAUCCCUUUUACUCGCCCCUCUCCCUGUCUUGUCAUCUUCUCAGACUCUCCUUCCAGCUCCAGCGCAUUCCGUGUCAGACAUGUGUCCUCUUGCUGAUGAUCUCCCAGGAGUGUCCUCUGAGAUGUAGUUGAGCAGAAGCACCAUGUCUGCAUGUACCCCAUCAGCCUCUUCAUCCUGAGCCCACAUCAGCUGCCGUCCUGAGAUUGUCAAUAUCUGUGUACAAACAUGGCCGCUGUUCCUCCUGGGAUUCGCAUGCUGGUGUCCUUCGACAGGGACCAGUGGUACAGAGCGCUCACAUUCAUCCUCACCUUCCUGCUCUACACCAGCUUCCACCUCUCCAGGAAACCCAUUAGCAUCGUCAAGAGCGAGCUCCAUAAGAACUGCUCCUCUGUCAGUGAGAUCGCCACCUUAGCCUCCAGCAGCGGCAGCCCGCAGUCGAUCCACACAGACAUGGACUGUAGCUGGAAGCCUUUCGACAAAAAGAACUACAGACAGCUGCUGGGAGCUAUGGACUACUCCUUCCUCUGUGCCUACGCUGUGGGAAUGUACCUCAGCGGCAUCAUCGGUGAGCGCCUGCCUAUCCGCCUGUACCUGACCGUGGGCAUGCUGAGUAGUGGCCUGUUCACCUGCCUGUUUGGACUGGGUUAUGUCUACAACAUCCACAACAUGGGCUUCUAUGUGUUUGUGCAGGUGGCCAAUGGCUUAGUCCAGACCACCGGCUGGCCCAGUGUAGUAACUUGCAUCAGCAACUGGUUUGGAAAAGGAAGGCGGGGACUCGUCAUGGGGCUGUGGAACUCUCACACCUCCGUCGGAAACAUCCUGGGCUCUCUGAUUGCCGGCUACUUGGUCUCCUCAACUGGGGCCAUGUCCUUCAUCGUCCCGGGGAUCAUCAUCCGCAGUAUGGGCGUUGUCUGCUUCUUCUUCCUCAUUGAGCAUCCAAAUGACCUGAAAAGCAUGUAUGCUCAAAAUACGUCUCCAGGCAAGCGUGUUCCAACCAAGAGUUGGAACGGAGUAAAUGGACACACUGAAGUGUAUCAUCAAUACAAUGACAACCAAACCCAGAGUUACGACACAGAGCUGUUGUUGCCCAGCGACAGUGUGUGUGUCCCCGCGCAGACCGUCGUGGUGGUGAAGAGGGAAUCCGAACCGUCCGCCAUCAGCUUCAUGGGAGCUCUACGUAUACCAGGAGUGAUCGAGUUCUCUCUGUGUCUGCUGUUUGCAAAGCUGGUCAGCUACACCUUCCUCUUCUGGCUGCCGCUCUACAUCACCAAGACUGCUCACCUCGAUGCAAAGAAGGCUGGAGAUCUCUCCACCCUGUUUGACGUGGGAGGAAUAGUGGGGGGGAUCCUGGCAGGAGUGAUCUCUGAUAAGCUGGGGAAGAGAGCCACCACCUGUGCAGUCAUGCUGCUGCUGGCUGCUCCUACACUGUAUGGCUUCUCCAUGAUCAGCGAGUUUGGGUUUGGGCCAACCAUCGGCAUGCUGCUGGUGUGUGGAGGGUUAGUCAAUGGACCAUACUCCCUCAUCACAACGGCAGUUUCUGCUGAUUUGGGCACCCACAAGAGUCUGAAAGGCAACGCCAGAGCGUUGUCCACUGUGACUGCCAUCAUCGAUGGCACAGGAUCUAUAGGUGCAGCACUGGGCCCCCUGCUGGCGGGGCUGCUGUCUGCAGGGGGGUGGGAUCAGGUAUUCUACAUGCUGAUGACUGCUGACUUCCUGGCUCUGUUGUGCUUGUUACGGCUUGUGACAAAGGAGCUGACAUCAUCUAAAUCCCCUCCCAUCUCGGCUGUAGAGUUGAAGGAGCACUGAGCACUUUGAUUGUACUGCCUCCACGAUGAACACACACACACACACUCUCUCUCUCUCUCUCUCUCUCUCUCUCUCUCUCUCUCUCUCUCUCUCUCUCUCUCUCUCUCUCUCUCACACACACUCACACACAGGUGUGUUGCUGUGCAGAGCUGAAGUGCAGCAGGGUUUCCUCUGCAGCAGUCAUCCACACACACUGUAUGUGCAUACAGGAACACACACAUGCUUCCUGGUCAUUGUCUGGACCUAAGUUGACCUGAUGGCAGUCAAGUUGAGUGUGAACACACUGACUGUUCAUUCUACUUAGGAUUUGUAGAUAAAUAAAACUAGCCUUACUUUAAAGUCUAUCAGAACUAGAAGUGACUUGAAAUGUUUAUUUUGGGAGCAAUCUUUGAAACAGCAACUUCCAUGUGUCCAAAAAGAUCCUUCUGUACCAUCAUUCUCCUUAUAAGCACACCAUACCUGAAGUUACCAUAACAAUCUUUUACAUCUAUAUUACCCAAACUAUUAUACCUAAAUGUGUAUGUUGUUAAAAAUCAGCUUAUAGAAGAAUGCUCUGUUUCAAAUUAAACUCCCCCCCCCCCCCUCCUACUUAGAAGAGUUGACUGCAUGUUCUGUGGGUUAUUAAGAAUAGCACGAACACUGUCUCUGUAUCAACAGGUUGUAUUAAUAAUGUCCACAACUGUCUCCAUUGAAGGAGUAUGUGUGUCAUCACUUGCAGCGAUCUACGCACACACUGUUGAGCUGGUGAUGAAAACAGAAAGACUCUGACUUUAUGUGAGGAAGGAGCACAAACCAACACCACUACAUGUCCCAAACACCCCGCCCCCCUCCCACUGUGGAAGCUGCUGUUUCAAGGUCACCUUUGCCUUACUGAACCAAAGAGACUGUGGGUGUCAUGCUGUUAUUUAAAUAACGCUACUUAUUUAAGUCCUUUAAUUUAUUCCUAUAUUUUGUGCGAUGGUUUCUGAGUUUGCUAUGAAAUGAAGGCACCAAAGUUGUAUUUGUAUGUAAACCUGCAGAUAAGGAUGUAUGUUUUUGGUGGGUAUGUGGUUGGGGAUCUAUAGGGAGAUAUUAUGAAUGUAAUGGUUUUGUCAAAUUUAGAUGACUGACUUGAUGUCAAAGUUCUUAUAGAUAUAUUUUGCUGUGCAAUGUUGAUACAUAAGGUUAAUGAGAAAUAUACUGGUAAUAUAUCUUCCAAUAUCUGAUCAUUCUUUCCAAGAUUGUAUUAAGCAUUUAACUAACUAUAUUCUGUUAAUGGAUUGGAUGUAAAAAUGGUAUCUAAGUAAAUGCACAAAACAGAAACCCAUUUGUAUUUAAAACGUUGUGAUGGUAGCCUUGAGACAUCAUCAUGCCUUCCUCAGAACACAUGUUGUGUAUUUGUGCCAGUGGUAGGGACAGUACUUGAUACAUUGUGUGCCUUGUUUGUUGUUGGUCUUUUUGCUGGGCAGUUGAAUUUGUAAAGACAAAACAAAUUAAAAUGUUUGAUUAAGGAUGGACCUGCUUUGGGAAUGGUUCACUCCCAAGCAUCGAGUAAAAUAAAUAAACUUUUAAAAAAUG